CUGUCAUUUUAUUUACAAAUGACGAAAACAAUUAAUAUAGCCAACUAUGUAAAAAUGGGCAGCCGCCAAUAACUAGUACAUAAUUUUAUUAAAUAUAAUGUAAAAGCUGCCCUAAAAUACUAUACACCCUGAGAGUACAGUACGGUCAUGAAAGGUAAAUUAUUGACUACAUUCAAAUUAUACACUUAAAGCAAAAUACAUGCUUAAACCUCCGAAUGCUAUAAUAUACACAGAACAUUAAGAGUUGUAAAACAAACAUAAUAUUAUAUUUACGAAAUUAGAACAUACUAUAAUAAUCAUAGCACCAGUUAAAUAACCAAUAUUCUGGGUGAACACGCCAAAACCCGACUACAGGGAAGGGUUACCACCAAGAUCAAUAAUUGUUGCGGUAAAUCAGGAGCAAUGGUCAACAGACUUAUAACAACAUGAAAUUAUGUCGUGAGCAUCUGCUUGAACGACACAGCAAAAAGAAAAAUUUUAGUGAAAUCCGACAUACAGGGGAGAGUUACCACCCAGACCAUCAACUGUUGCGCUAAAUCAGAAGCAAUGCUCAACAGACCCAAUGCAAAAACGACUAUUGCCUAUAGUGUCAAAAGAGAUGUUAAUAGGUGAUUUGCCCACCCCGGUCUUAUGGUGACAUACGGUAGUCAAAGAGGCUGAGGUAUUAGACAAAAUCAGAUCGGCACGUUGAAUUACUUUGUCGACAUUCCCGUUACGCACAUCUAACUCCCCUAUCCGGAAAAAACAUUGGAAUAAAGUGAGGAAAAAGGCCCUAAAAAGAAACCAAUGAAAAAAAAAACAAAAAAAAAAACAGGUUCAAUGGAAUCUAGAGCUUCUAACAACUUCACUAAAAUAUCUGCAGUGAUGGGGAGCCUUAUAUCUGAACGCCUGGAAACUGAAUGUACAUCGCUCAUUUGCACGAGAAAUGAACUACAUCGAUCGGGCAAACCGGCCAGUUUGUGAAUAAACGCUAUCGAGGAAAUAGUUGAAGAAAUUGUUUUAGGUGCAUAACACGUGCUAUGCAUAUGGCGAUAAAAUUACAAAUUGUCGCUGUAGAAAUUGGCAGAUGAAUUGGUUUACCGAUCAGGUAAUCGGGUUUUCAUUUGUACUGGUUCUUUUUUUUUAAAUUAUUUCUCUUGUAUAUUUUGACGUGAUGUAUUAUUGCAUUUUAAAUGUUAUCCAAUUCUUGUUUUACCCUUUUCUGUACAAAAUACUACAAUUCAGUAUUCUGCUACAAAUCUAUUUCUUUUUUAUGAAAGAACUUUUUGAAUAAAGAUACCGAUAUAUAUCCAAUAAUAGACAGCAUAGAGAAAGAUAGACAACAUUUGUCUAGUAAUUUUCAUUUAUUCAAAAAAAAAUUGGUCGAGAUUACGGUUUUCAGUGCUCACGCCAAUAUAUAUUUUUAUAAAAACCAGACACACCAUGUUUAUCAUUCCAUCAAAAGACAGAAUUAAACCUACCUUUCAGUUUCUUAAUGACAUAAACAAUUAGAAUCCUCAGAGCUAGGAUAUGAAAUACUGCAAUACGGUGAAUUAUAAAUUACAAUGGCAACAAACAGUGGCGGAUCUAUGAAUUUAAAUUAGAGGGGGCCAAACGAGGGAACUUUUACAGAUGGUGGUCUAAAUCAUCACUUCUGCCCCGCCGUUAUUAUCAAACAAUAAAACGCAUUUUAUUUCAAAAGAGACAUUCUAUGAGCAAAAGUUAGUUACGCAUAUAUUAUUAUAUUACGCACUUUUUAAGUCAGAUCUUAUUCAAGAACUAUCAGACAAUUGUAGCCUAGAUGUGGAUCGGUCUAUUAAUGUCACUCUUCGCACCGUCGAUAAAUUAAUGAAGUUUGAAGAUUAAAUUUAUGAUUAUGGCACCUAUAGAUGGUCGGAAAUGGCACUCUUAGAUUUAAAUGUGAGCAUAAAUUUCUUCUUUUUUUUCUCCCUUUUUUGAAUAAUGGAAGGGGGAGGGGUGGCUGGGCCUCCGACCCCUUAAAUCUGCCACUGGCAAAGCUUUAAAAUCAAUUAGGUGUAAAUCAACCUAUUAAGAAAGUUGCUAACACCGUCUUCGUAAUAUUUCUUUUAGUUGAUCUAUAACAUGAUUAUUUAAGAAGUACGAUAUACCGAUAUCAAUCACUCGUCAAGUACUAUCUACGUUGCCAUAUAGACAGGAUGAGUCUCACGACGAUUGGUCAUUCGAUGAAUUAUACCAGCUUAUACACAAUUACAAUAAUGAUAGGUCGAGUGUAGCUUAGUAUUAUAUUAAAGAAUGAAGACACAUUUAGUUUAAAAGAAAGGCAUUCUAUGAGUAGUGGAGCGAGUUGUUAUAUUACGCGCUUUUUAAGUCGGAUCUCCUUCAAGAACCAUCAGUUGUAGCUUGGUCGUGGGUCAGUCUACUUAUGUUUCUCUUCGGACCGUAUGAAGUUUUAGAGAAUAAAAUUUAAUUGCCGGCAGUCACAGUAAGUAGACAAUCAAGUUUUAUUUGUAUUAUAUUUUAAAGCAAAAAUAAUGUAUAUUUUGAUAUUUUCUCCAAGUUUUCAUAAAUAGGCCUAUAUAAUUAAAAUCCCUGUUUUCAAUAAUUUCCACCCGAGCACACUUCGAAUUAACGCUAUAGCAUAGAAUGAUAUCGGUCGAAUGUUUAAAGUAAUCUAGAUGGGAUGGUGUAAACAGAAAAGGCAAUUAUUAAUUAAUAUUUCUGUAUUAAAAAUCACAAAUACCUGAACAAUGACACGUAAAAUUUAAUUUGAUUCUAUCUGCGUUACUACCCGUUGCAUUUAAAUAGUGGAAGGGAUUUGUAUAGCUUGCUGUUGCGGUGUUGUAAUAGUAUAUUUUGAGUAUUAAAGAAGCGUAAUCUACUAUGUAAAAGAAAUCCGUCUAUUUGUCCCAGGGAACAGUGAAGUUCUAAGAUAUCCCAUAAAUAGGCAAUCAAAGUUUCGGUCAAGUCACCGAAAUAUCUCGUUGAUUCUGAUUUUUAAUAUGUUUUGGCAAAUAGCAAACAAUCUAUUUGUAUUUUAUGUACAUUAUGUUCUCAGUGAAAGAUAUGUAAAUAGAUACUGUAUAUAAUUGAUACCGGUACAAUAACAUCAUAUAACGUAUUACAGAAACAUAAAUUUAUCAGGCACGAAUCUUUCGUCCGAUCCUCAGGCAACAUGAAAUGUUCGGUAUCUGUAAUCGUCUUUCUCUACUGUAUCGUGCUCUGUGUUGCGGAUCCUGAAAGUUGUCAAAUUAAAAAAAGCAAUGAAACGAAUAAACGAUUUGUGGAGUUACGCAACGGUAUCACAAAUAUCUCUUUCGAUGUUGUCACGAAACACAUGAUCUUACGUUUGUCAAAAGACGAGGAUGUUCAGCAGCAUGACAUCAGCAUUACAUUUAAAAAGGACUAUGUUAGUGUUGGUUCAAACAUCAGCGAAACUCGUAGAGUCAAUGGAAGCGUCUAUGUUGAUCGAGGUUUCCAAGUAAGGAUCGCAUUAAAUGACCAGACUUUACGGAUUGGACAUAACAACAAUUUUUCAUUUUUAAUAUUCAAUCUGCAUGAGCAUAAUAAACACCCAAAAUACCUCUGGUUUGAUGAAUUGGAGUCCCGUGUGCAAAAAUGUCUAUUACAUUACAUUAAGGAAUCCGACUCAAGCUCGACCAGCGGCACCAAUACCGAUCCAGAUUCGACUACAAACUCGGACAGCAGCAGCAACCGCAAUCAAGAUUCACGCUCAAACUCGGGCAGGGCCACCAAUAUCAAUCUAGAUUCGACCACAAGCUCGGGCAGCGGCAGCAAUAGCAAUCCAGAUUCAACCUCAGACUUAGGCAGCCGCAGCAAUAGCAAUCCAGACUCGACCUCAAACUCGGGCAGCGGCAGCAACAGCAAUCCAGAUUCAACCACAGAUUCGGGCAGUGACAGCAAUAGCAAUCAAGAUUCGACCACAAACUCGAGAAGCGGCAGCAAUAGCAACCCAUCAAGCAGUAGAAGCGACUAUCCUGGCGGAGAGAUCACAAACGAGGAAGUACCUUCGAACUGCUCAUGUACUGAAAUUCCGUGCACAUGUCCAAGUCAUGAGGUUGGCUGUGCUCUGGUUACUUGUAAUUGUACUUCAAACAUCGGAGAGCCAUUUACAGUUUAUAAUUGUGACUGUGUUCCUAGAGAAUGUUUAUCAGACGGUAACAGAUAUGGUGACAGUACGGUUGACGAUGGUGAUGGUAAAGGCAGAAAUACGACCAACGGAAAUAGUGGAGCGUGGAAUGACGGAACCCAUGGCUAUAGUGAUCAGAAUGGGGGGAAUGCAAAUGGCUACCAGGGAUCGGAAAACGGUGGAAUGUAUUACAAUGGAACAGAAAAUUCGGAAGAGGAGCUUGGCAGAAUUGGAAAUGGUGUAACCGGAAUUGGUAACGUCAGAGCAGUAAAGGGCGACAACAUAAGCAAAUCUACGACAGAGUCUGACGCCAAUAUUGAAACAGAAACAAUUACAGCCAGAACUGCUCGUUUAUCCCCAAUGCUGAUCCUCUUAAUGGCGCUGACUGCUGCCGCGGUUCUCGUCUCCGUGAUUGGCGGUUGUUGCUGCUUAGCAGGUAUACUGAUGCCGACAAAUAGAAUAGUACCGGAGCAAGUAUCACCACUAAAAGCAUAAUGCAUCAGUGUAUACCACCACAAGCAGCCUGAUCCGAUAUUAAAUCGGGAUUUCUGCCUAAACCGAGACUUACAUUUACUGACACUGUGUUCACUUUAGUGGAGAUCCAGCGGCUGUUUAUGCAUUUUAUUGAGUGUCUGCUGUAGUUAUGUUAAGUAAUUAACAAUUUUAUAAGGAAUCCUUUAUUGAUUCAACUAACUUUUCAUAAAUAUAAUGUUGGUAUCAUACGCAUUUAAGAUACACUAUAUGCAAGCAAAAUUCAUUAAAAUUAAAUAUUGGAAAUUAUUAGUAUAUUGUAAACCAGUUAACAGACGAGCGCAUAUUAUAUAAUAAUAACUAUUCUUCGCAUACAUUCUAAAAUUGUCUAGCAGUCAUUUAUAAUUAUGUUUAUACAGUUAAAAGUAAACCUUUUGAACUAGGCCUGCAGUGUUGUAUGUACAUCUAAAUGGAUUGUUUGACGACGAGGUGAUUUGUUUCAUGUAACAAAUUAUGGAAUGGGGGGAGGGGGCACAACAUUUUCAGAACACGUAAGUGAGUAGCACAUAACUUUGAUUUGCAUUGAAAAUUUUAAUGGCAAAACGGGGAGGGGGAACGGGCCUCGCGUUCCCCCUACUGGAUACGCCCCCUGCUUCCCCAGGGAGCUGAAUAUGUGUUUCAUAGUAUGCAUCGUUCCAAUGACUUCGGUAAUAAUGUGAAGGAAGGGUUGCGCCAGCAGGUGGGCCAGCUGGACCCGGACCAAGCUGUCAGUGAUGCCCAGCCAAGCCAUCGGGGAGUCGCAUACACGUCAAGGCGCACGCAUUUCAGGUCUGUCUCAUGAUCUCACGCUUAAGGACCAAAAUCUCACGCAUAAAUUUAAUACUGAGCAUAAUAAAAUAUAUAAUAUAUAUAUGUAUAAUUUCUAGCUCUCUCGCUAAAUAUUUAUCAUCUAAUGUACUUAAAGUAGGAUUCCUGAUGAUGACAUAAUUAAUGUCGAAAUAUUGAAUCCCAACACGAUGGCGUGUAUUUCAAUACUUGGAGUAUGUAUUAUACUUUCCUAAAGUAGGAUUGGUUUAGGAUAAAAUGGUGCACUACACCAGGGCUAAUUUGGUUCGCUUUCUAUUUUUUUUCUUUAUUUAUUCGGUAUAAAAAACACAAAUUUUAAACAUCAGCCAAGGCUGAAAUGGUUUGUACUAUAAUU